AAGCAUCAAGUGGCUUAGAAAGGAGUGGCCAUUUUGUUUUGAUGAACUUGGCAUGUCAGUUCAUUUCAAGGAACUGACUGGGAUUGACCUCAAAGAGACAUUCACACGAAAUUUGGAUUUGAAAGGGCAAAGGCUUCUGAACUAUAUGACCACGGUUUGUGUCAACAAGAGCAAGAAGUUCCUUCAGACUUACACAAGACUUCAGAGGAUGCGGGGACCGCAGAGUGGCUGCUCGGAUGACCUGAAAGAGAUGAUCCUGCUUCUGUUCAGCUACUUUGAUGAGAAGGAGGAGUCCAUGUUCUUCUGUGUGGAGGAUACAUGUCUGGCAGAGGAGGUGCAACUGGAGCAAGUGCCUCUGACACCCACCAUUAUUGUCUGUGGACAGUCCUGCUUUUCAUCAAGAAGAUACAUGCUGAGUCUGGACCGGAACCUCAUCAACACAAACAUCUCAUCCUUCAUCUCUGCAUUGUGCCUCAUGUUUGGGAGCUACUACUGUUUUAACAUCCACUACCCAUCUGAGCUGGCUUCCACCCUUGAGUUUCUUCAAAGGUGUUUCUUCUCGAUAAACCCGGAAAAAGGAACCAAAGUGGAGAACAAAAACUCAAAGCGCCAUCUCAGCGUGAACCCCCGAGUCCUUACCUUGAUACAGGAACUCGCCGAUCACGAGUGGUGUGAAACCUAAACAUGGACAUAUUCAGGCCAGGGACUGUUUGUAUGAAAAGAGGUACUGUAUAUUUCCACACUGU